AUGAUUAUCUAUAAUAAAUUCCCAAUCUAGAACAAAUCUAAUGCAAAAAAUGUAAUCAAUAUAGACAUGUCAAUGGUGUUAUUUAAUUCGAUUUUAUUUAAUGGAAUAAAAGUAAAUUCUCUUUAAUAUUGGAUUUAUAAUUUUUACUUUUUAGCUUUGCCAUUUUUAUAAUAUUAACCUACUAUUCUUUUUUUGAACUGUAUGAAAACUUUGCUCAUGAUAGGAUCUUAAUUUCCUGUUUAGUAUUUUUAUAUACUUCAUGUUUUAAAUUACUAAUAUAUCUAAGAUAUUCACUCAUUUUAAAAAAGUAAAGUUAUUUAUCAAAAGAUUCGAUCCACAAAAUGUUUAAUUUAAUCAGGAUUCUGA